ACGUCGGAUCUCAGAGUAGCAGAAAGGAUGAACAAAGUAGGAGUAUACACAUUUUUAUCAAUCAUUGUUGGAAUUUGCAGUGCUCAGUCAAAUCGGUAUAGUCAAAAUGAGCCGAUUAGACCAAGUGCAUACGAUGAUUACUAUGAUGAUUAUGUUGAUUACUUGUAUAAACAAUAUUUAGAGUAUGGUAUUGACUCCGCAGAAACCACGCCCAAUACUAACAAUCCUCUUUCCGAUGAAAUUGAUAUUAUUGCAAACGCUAUUUAUACUGCUAUUGUUGCUACUAGUGAGACGGAUAUUGACUGUGACAACGUACAAACCAUUGAAGGUGCUCGUGCAGGUGCAAUUGCUGGUGCUAUUGCUGGUGCUAUUGCUGGUGCUAGUGCAGGUGUUAGUGCAGCUGCUAAUGAUGACAGUAGUAGUGGUUUAACAGGUGGCUUUAGGGCGGGCAGUCCUGCUGGAAGUGCUGUUAAACCAAAUGAUAAUUUUCCCAGUGUAGGUCCUGAAAGAGGUAAUCAAUAUCGCGGCAGAUCUUAAGGGAUUUAUACUGUAUAAAAUAUCAAACUUUAAAAUUGUUUUGCAUAUAUAUUUUCAUCCGGCGUACACCACAAUUAAAA